ACCUCAUUCAGUUAUCCAUCCCCGCUGGUUUGGAAGUGUUGGUUGUGAGUCCUCUUCCCGUGAAAACUAUCAAUUUGACGGGGUUAAAGUACUAUGAGUGUAUUAACUGCUGAUUUAACUAAAAAGAAGGGAGUCAUGAGGACGGCAAAGUCAAGAAAGGAUGUACCCAACUAUGAGACACCGCUGACGGAGGAGGAGGCGCUAUCGAGGCCCGUCAUCUCACCUGAAGACGUCCUCAGACUCAACAAAAUCACAGAAAACUACCUGUGCUCGCCGGAAGCCAACGUUUACGACAUAGAUUUUACAAGGUUUAAGAUCCGGGAUAUGGACACAGGCACAGUAUUGUUUGAGAUCGCCAAGCCUCCGCCACAAGAGUUGGAGGAGGAAGAGCCAGACGUUGACCAGGAAGAGUCAGAUCCCAACGCAGGAAGGUUCGUCAGGUACCAGUUCACGCCGCAGUUCCUUAAGCUCAAGACAGUCGGGGCAACGGUGGAGUUCACGGUGGGCGGGCGGUCGGUGAACAAGUUCCGGAUGAUCGAGCGACACUUCUUCAGAGACAAGCUCCUCAAGACCUUCGACUUCGAGUUCGGCUUCUGUAUCCCCAACUCAAAGAACACAUGCGAGCACAUCUACGAGUUCCCCACGAUACACUCAGAAUUAGCGGAGGAGAUGAUCAAGAACCCGUUCGACACCCGCAGCGACAGCUUUUACUUCGUCGACGACAAGCUCAUCAUGCAUAACAAGGCUGACUACGCCUACAACGGUGGCCUCCAACAGCAGUAGUAGUCGUCCUCCACGAGAAACCUUCACCACAGAAGCCUCCUCCUCCACCACCACAAAAGCCUCCACGAACAAAUAUCUCCACUACAGAAGCCUCCUACUUCAUGACAGAAACCUCUACCUCCAUCACAGAAGCCUCCAACUCUUCUACCACAAAAGCCUCCCUCCACCAUAGAAACCUCCACUCUAUCGUCCUAAAUAAGUCAUAACUUUUGUCUACACCGCCUCCAGUAGAGAGCCCUUUACCACUACCACCACCUCCCCACCACAAAAGUCUUCUCAACCCUCCCCUCCAACACAAAGGCCUCCAACCUAAGGACCAGGAGCGAGGUGGAGGUGACCACGAAGGAGGAGGCCCUAAGUAUGGUGACACCUGUGUGUGUGUGUGUGUGUGUAUAUACAAGAUCAGACUCCUUAGAUAAUGAUGAUGCAUGGUAAAGAGGCGUGGUUGAAAGGCGUGGUAAAGAGGAGUGAUUUAGAGGCGUGGUAAAGAAAAGUUAAAGCAAUGUGACGAUUCAGUAUGAUAAGAGACAGUUAAGAAACAUGAUAUAGAGAUGACAAAGCGGUGUGAUUAAGAAGAAUGGAAAAGAUACAAGAUAAAGGUGUAAUUAUAUAAGGUGGCGUGAUAAAAGAGGUAUAAAUAACGAGAAGGUAUGCUAAAGAGGAAGAGCAAUGGCAACACAGAUAAAGGAGGAAGAAGGGAGACAUGAUUAUGAUAUGGAUGGAGAAAUAAAGAUGGAAGGGGAAUUUGAAUGAGAGGGAGAGGCGAUUCAUUAUGUAAGUAGGAGGGUGAUGUGGAUAAUAGGCUAUCCUAAUUAAAAAGUGAGAGGGAAAGAUAGAUAAGAGGUGAUCCUAAUUAAAAGUGAGAGGGAAAGGUAGAUAAGAGGUGAUUCAUAAGUAAAGUGAGAGGAGAGAAAGGACGAAAGGAGGUUUAAGGGGGGGGUGAAAUGUAUAGAACAUGAUCUUGCCAAAACUCGGAAUUUCUCGUAUCGAAAAACAGAAGAAAACCGAAUCAUAAUAUUUUGUGGAAAAAGUAUUUCGAAUUUCUAAUAUUUUUAGUGAUAUGAAAAAUUAUGAUCAGAUGUAAACAAAAAAUACAGAAAUAUCAAGACUGAAAAGUGUAGUUUAUUGAGAAGCGAGAAUUUACCAAUAAAUACCGGAUAUUGCGAAGUAAUUCUAUUUAGGAGAUCAAGUAGAUAUUUCGAACAUAUAAAUUAUUAUACAGAAAGGAACACAAUAAAACACGCCUGAGAACAAGUAUUUAGGUGAAGAUGUAAAGCAACAGCCAAGAAUUCCUGGAAGUUAUUUCUUAGAUCAUAAUUAGAGAAGUAACUGAUAGCCACAGCUGUCAUCGUGAGUUAUCUUGCCGGGAACAGAUAUGUGCGAGGACACCCAACCAUAAUAAUAUUCAUAGACGACACUCUGAGGCCAUGAACACCUGAACAUGUCAUCUUAAAACAUACUUAGUCGUGAUAACAUUCAAAAGUGAUGACACAAACAUCUGGACACGAGUUAAUAGUGGCCUGUGUAAGCACGUGAGAAGAUUAACACCCACAAAGGAGCUGCACCUGUGAUUUACCCGAGAGAGAACGUACAACGCCUCUCAUUAACUUCAUUACACUCAAUAAUUAAAACUGUAUACCUGUAUCUGGGAUGCUUUUUUCCCGGUAUUUUUUUUAUUAUUUUUGCUCCGAAAUUCAUAAGAUGUAAUAUUUGCUCUGAAAUCUGUAGACUUAUUUUAUCAAGAUAUAUGUAAGUUAGUUAGUAUGUCCUCGGAUAUCUUUAUUAUAUCUUACGUUGUCUCAAUUCUAGUUAGUUCUAUCUCUAACAUCAAUAAAGUAAAAAUUCUUUGAUUCAUUAUUUUAUGUUUAGAAGGAAUAAGGCGUUAAUAAGCUUUCCUGGUCCCAGGUGAUGUGAACUAUUAAACGAGUGUCACUUGCUCAGCUGGUCCAGGUGUUUUAACAUUAGUGUAUUAGUAAACAUUAGCUGUGGUGCUGAAUGGAUCUGAUGCAUUCAUUAACUUACGCUACCGGGCAACUACCCGAGUCAGUCUUAUAAACAUGAGUCAUUUUUGCUGUGUCGUGUAUGAAGCCUUCAAGAUAUAAGGAGACCAAGUGUGAAAAUAUCAUGUAAAUUGUUUACUCAGAUGCAACCUGUGGAGUUUUUGAGAUAUGUUGGUGUAUUUUUGAUGAAGGUGCCUACAGCAUCAAGGUGAAGUUUACUGAGUCAGUAGACAUGAGUAUACAGUACAUGACUGUUUUGAGUUAGUAUACAUGUGUGGGAGAGAAUGGCAGCACCACCCACACGCCCCACUCAUCUUUACACAUCGGAAAUCAAAAGCAAAACAACAAGUUUCUACGUCCAUUAUUUGUCCAACAUCCCUCGACACUUAGCAUUUUACUGUGAUUAUUAAUAUAUAUAUAUAUGUUAAAAACAGUAACUUUUAGCUAUGAAUAUCAUUUCCCCGUUACCCACACCGCACUGAUAAUUACACAGAUCACUUAAUUAAACGAAGUAAAAUACUGUGUUGGAGGGAUGACUAGCCAAGAAUAGCUAAAAUGUAAAUCCAAAUUUUUUCAUGAAGAUACAGUACAGUAAUUUUGAAGCCAUUGGAUGUAGCGAUAGAGGUGUGGUACAGGGGGUCAAAGGUGUGGUAAUAUUAAUAGUAGCAGAAUGUCUUGCUUCGUAGUACAGAAUUUUGAUAUUGUCAUACUAUAAACCUUGUUUGAUAAUGUAAAUAAGAGCAGACCUGUCAAUUUCCUACUGACUAGUGAUGCGUCAGCUGUAACUUGUGCAGGUCAUCCUAUUUAUAAAAACCAACACCAAUUUACCCCGCGCGGUCUGACUGAGACCGCAACUGUAAUGUAAAGUAGAACAAUUUCCAGUGUUUAGCCCAAGUUUUGCUGGUGUUUUAGCAGUUUGGCCUGACGUAGCAGCAACGCCCAGCUGAUGCUUGUGAUAGUGAAACAUGGCUGUGUGUGUCCGCAGAGUGUCCAGAGCUACCCCCGUCCCUUUUAAUAGAUUACGUAACUGGGGGGGUACAGAUGAUACUCCUUCCCCUUCCUCCUAGAUAUCAUGACCAGGGGUGUGAUGGCAUAGUAAUUCUCUCCCUUACCAACCUCCCUUCCUCUUCCCCACCAUUACCCUUCUCCCUACCUUCCCUCAGCUCCUAUUCCUACCCACCAGAGCUACCCAGUGAAUUCCUGUCCCCCCCCUCCUCCUUUCCCCACUCACUCACAGUUGCGUUCUCAGUCACGAGAAGACCGUGUCAACUUAACAAGUGUGAUAUUUGCUAGACCAUUCAGUAUAUGAUUUACGAAUGAAGUAUAUCUGAGAGGUGGUCCUUUGAACCAUGAUGAAGAAAACAUUCCAUUGCUAUUUUUUUAAUGUGAUGAGAGAUAUAAGCUUUUGGCCUCACAGCUGAUAACUUAGUAGUGUGUGUGGUGAUCGAGAGAGCAGCUCAAUACACUACGACACCAACUUCUGACUCUCACCUCCAUAGCUUCAUGUUUUUCACUUUCUCAUCUUUGUAUUAUUAUUUUUUUGGUUGCAUAGUUUUUAUUCACGACUGGUGUAAAAUAAUCUCCAGUGUAAGCACUACACAAGGGCAAAAUGCAUAAUAAUAAUAAUAAUAAAUAAUGUUAUGGUUAUAGGUGUUUUUGUAUGCGCAGAGGAACACCAUGAAUGUUUGUUUUUGAGUUUGUGUACUACUCACAGGCAGUGUAUUCUUGUGUAAAUAUAUUUAUUCAUCA